AGACGACAUAACGGGAAACGUCGCAAAAACACUAUUCUCUGUAUUUACCAGAGGUGAAAAUCGUGGUGGUAUCCUAUUGAUCAGAGGAUAUCACGAGGUAGAGAAUUAUCUAUCGAAAAAACCACCUCCACCCGUGAAGAAACCUGAAAAAACCACCUCGAGCAAAGCGGACGGUGAUAAAGGAUCAGCAACAGACGUUGAAGAAGAGGAAAAAAUCAAAAGGUUGAAUCAACAAAAGGAGGAAACCGAAGACUAUGAGGAUUCGGAGGGGCCUGAACGGGAAAUUGAUCAUUUGAUAUUUUGCGUACACGGAAUUGGACAAAAGUUAAGCGAGCGAACUGGAUACCCAAGUUUCGUUCAUGAGGUAAACCUUCUACGCCGAACUAUAAAAGAUACUUACGCUACAAAUCCACCACCCGAAGCCGCGUCAAGAAAGGGCAAUCGUAAGUUAAAUCCUAAUUAUGGACGCAAUAAAUUUACAAAGGGAAGUCAGAUGGGAAACGGCAUUCAGGUAUUACCCAUCCACUGGAGACAAGAUAUUAAGUUUGGCAUGGCGUCGGAGGAUAAUAAUGUCAAACGUCACUUGAGUUCAACCUUAAGCGAAGAAGGUCAACCUACUCUGGACGAAGUUACAUUGGACGGUGUACCAAAUUUGAGAAUGUUGGUCUCUGACGCGCUGGUGGACGUCCUAUUGUACAUGACGCCAAAAUUCAGGGAUAUGAUGAUCUCAAAUGUUGUACGAGAAAUGAAUAGAGUAUAUCACCUGUUCAUUGACCGAAAUCCGAAAUUCAUAAAACAUGGUGGAAAAGUAUCCAUCUACGGUCACUCCCUUGGUUCGGUGUUGGCAUUUGAUGUCCUCUGCCAUCAACCUUUUACGAUUUCUCCUUUUAACGAUUCGAACGGCAAUGUAGACUGCAGUCGAAAUGAUUCCUACGACACAUACAUUAGUCAUGGACAUCACUCGAGAAUUUCUUCUGGGGAAUUUUACAACCUGAAUGUCUCUUCUGAGACAGGAUUGGGUAAUGGUAACGGAGUACACAACACUCGUGAUGGUGGAAACAGCAUCGGACGAUCGAACGAACGGAAUGAGAAGCACCGAUCAAGUAGUAGUAUUGUACUAAAUCAUCAGAACCACCUAUUCGAUGAGCCGGAACAGUCCAACUUUUCUAUUGAUGUCGAACGACCUCAUUCGCAUCAUUUCAAAGAAGCGGGAGUCCAUUCUAGUCACCGACAUGCGAAUCGUAACCACCGAAACGGAGAUCUUAAGCGUCAACACCAAAUGCAACAGCAAACGAAGUAUAAACUUGAUUUUGAAGUGGAAGAUUUGUAUACUGUCGGAUCACCGAUUGGAUUAUUCUUGUUGUUGAAGGGAACAAAGAUUGGAUCCCGAAAUUAUUAUCAUGAAAUAAAUAAAAUUAGUGAGUCGAGGAAUUGGGAAGAUGUUAGUCUGGACAACCCUGAAGAAAAAGGUAACGAUGGAAUGUCUGGAAGAAAGAAUUCCCGAUCAGAAUUUGAACAAUGGGAACAACGGUCAAUGUUGAAUAACCAAGUAGGUUUGAUACCACACUGUCAUCCAGCCGUGAAAAACAUUUAUAACGUAUUUCAUAAAUCUGAUCCAAUUGCUUAUCGAUUAGAACCACUAAUAGCCCGUCACUAUGGCGCGUCCGUGAAACCGGCGCUUGUCCCUUACCAUAAAGGCGGAUUGAAAGCCGUACAACUAGGCAUUCAAGAAUUCGGUUCAAAUAUCUCCCGUAAAACGACUACUGUCUUCAAUUCCAUCGUUGCCACACUAACUUUCAGAAAAUUGGAAGCCGCAUCAGCAACUCAAACUGAUAAACAAAAAAAGCUCAAACAACAAAAUCUGUUAAGACAGCAACAAAUCAAACGGUUACAACACUUUAGUCAAUCCUCUCCAAAUUUAUCGGAUAACAUGUUGUCGGAUAUAACCGAUUUAUCCGGUGAGUUGAACAAUGUUUCAUUGGCAGAUGUGAAGAAUUCGCGGAACGGACAUUUUGGAAAAACGCAUCUACAUAAUGUACAUUCGUCACCUGAUAUAUUGACUAUGAAUGACAACGAUUCGCAACGUGAUUCUCUGGAUGGUACGGUGGUGGACAGCGAAAGAGGAAGUGUUUAUGCUGGUGAAAUGUAUAGAGAUGUAAACGGAAGCGUGAUCGGACUAACAGCAGAGGCGAGAGAAAAAUUCUAUCAAACACAUAUGUCUUCAUCGCCAGUAUUGUUGGAUGAUGGCGCCUUGGACUACAGUAUCGUCGGCGAGGAGAAGCUACGGAGUUUGAAUAAGAGUGGACGGAUUGAUUAUUGCCUUCAGGAAGGAGUAAUUGAAGUAGGUUACAUCUCAGCGAUAACCGUACAUCUUAACUACUGGACGGAUCGUGAUGUUGCAUACUUCAUAUUGCAAGAAUCUUAUAAAGUAUAUGAUAAUUAG